AUGGCCGGCGGCAACCUGUUCGGCCGGGUGCUGAGCUACGUUGUCAACGAGUUCCUCGUGGAGGGCCUCGCCAACAACCGUGCAUUCCAGAGGUUUGCUGUGAAGACCAACAGGACUCUUGAGAACCUAUCGUCUAAAGGUAGGGUUCUGAUCAAAUUGCUGCAAAUUCUACCAUUUGUGUUUUACUGA